CUUUACGAUGAUAUACGAGUCUGAUGACGGUGUAGAAACCAUUUAAGUACAAGCCAGUUUCGUAGAGCUGUUGUAAAGUCGAAUUCGAGAGCGGUUGGGAACUUGCGACGCAGCUGUGGUCGCUGUUCGCUGCAAGGUGCUCACGCGCUCGCCGUGCGGCAACUGCAGCAGCGCGCCUACGCGGUCCAUGGGCCAUGACUUGGUACUGCCACUUUCAAUCGACCCUCAGGACUUCACCAUGGCGAAGCAGUCUUCGCCUCUUCUCAAGCAGUCGAACAUCUCUGUCUAAUACUGUCAUUGCAUCUAACAUUCCGUGGUUUACCUCCAUCCCUUCCUUCCGGUCACAAGUCGCAAGAACGACCAAGGUGCCCUCGUUUGGGGAGCGAGUCAGAUGUCCAUCGGUGAGGAACCAAGUGCUGUUCUUUGGGGCCGGGUCGUUCCUUGCGUUCUUUCUUGCCGCCGGGACGACGAAUGACGAGACCUUCGCGUGGUCCGUCAGGCUGACCCUGUCUGCCCCUGCAUGGAGGAACCGGCCACCAACGAACGAUGAAAUGCGGCGAGCGAGAUAUUAUUCACUUGGAAAGACAAUGCAGCAGCGCUUAGUUUUUUUGAAAGAAGCCGUUGAUGAGUGGCCUCAGACGAUGAAGGCCUUGGUCAUCUGGUCGUAUGUCCAGUUCGCACAGCCGGUUCUUGAUACCUCGGAAACAAGGCGAUGGUGCUGGGCGAUCGGCGCAUUGAAUGGGAUACUGUACCUCGCAUGGCACUCCCCGCGGACAAAACAUUUACUGCGUGCCAAAUUCACGCACAACCCGCUCUCAGGCCUCUCAUACACCAUGUUAACAAACCUCUUCAGUCACCGGUCGAUGAUGCACGUAAUAGCUAGUUCAAUGCUAGUCGCCUCGUUUGGACAGGGUAAAGGCCCAGAUACUCUACGGGAAGCAACGCCGAAGUGGCAUUUCCUCGCAUUCUUCGUCUCUGCUGGCCUUUUCUCCAAUCUCGUCUCCCAUGUGGCCUACUCACGAAUCACCUAUCCUCGUUGGUCGCCCGUUUCAGAUCCCUGCCUCCCACACCUUCCAGCAGUUCCGCGACCACCGCACGACGGAGCUUCCUCGCCCAAGUACUCAGGCCAAAACACCCCCGCGGCGAAUGCUACUGAGAAUCUCCCACCGGGAAUCGGUGCCUCCGGGGUCGUCUAUGCAACGCUGACAGUAGUCGCCCUCGCCUUCCCCGACACCGAUUUGGCGUUGAAGAUACCACCGACGUUCCCUCUCCCUAUAACGUACGCACUCGGCUCGUUGAUCGCGAUCGACGUAAUCGGCAUCUGGCGUGCCUGGAGAAGAUUUAAUCAUUGGGCACAUCUAGGCGGUGCUGCGUUCGGCGCAUUCUACUGGGCGUGUGGGCCGCAGAUUUGGGAAUUUUUCAGGGAGCUAGCGCUUGGUGGUUUGCCCCCUUCCUUGACGAUCUUGCCGAUGGACGCGAUUGAGGAGGGAGAGUCGACGCCAGCUAGCUGACUGCGUGUUGUAACUUAUUGUAUCAUGAGUACCGUGGUUAAUUACAGCAUCUGAUCAUCCCGACGGACAUCGAUCCAGUGGUAUACGCAGUACAAUGUCCUUGAUGCCUGCCAUACUAUCAAUCCGCAGAGGGCCCGAGGUUCAUUACUCUGUCUAGGAUGAUUUCUGCUGGUUCUGUUUGCUCGAAAAUCUGCCCCUUCUCGGUAGCCUCAAAUUUGGAUCCUAUCGAGCUCUGGCGACUACGGAUUCGGAACACGUGCGGCAACUUCUGCUCCGUAUACAUUAGGUACCCUGAACGUACCAUGAGGUCAGAUGCUGGAGACUUACGGGGAACGAGGUUCGACUCUUGA